GUCUCCCUAGUUUAGCUGUGUAAUCCACAUCUACCUGCCUAUUACUCUGAAAAUUUGCCACAAUGACAGACUCUUCCAUGGUAGAUCACAUGACCCGACUGAAACUCAAGCUCCUGGAGAAGAAACUAGAAAACGAACGUGAGACCCUGGAGAAUGUUGAGUCACCCCUCUCCACAGCAAGGAGCAACGAUGGACACGAGGACGCACUGCAGAAUGCGCUGAGACGAAGGAAAGACCUCCUGCAGAAGCUUAGGGAGCAGCACCUUUUGGAAGAAUUUUCACUGCCCUAUAUGUUGGCAGGAGGCCACAGAAAGAAGUACAGACCCGAGCCAGUACCUGUUUACCUGCCUUCCCCUCUGGCGCCUGCACCAGAACCACCAAGGAUCAUCCAGCAGACAAUUCCUCAGCAACCUGCAACCAUCAUCCAACAGUUACCUCAGCAGCCACCUCUCAUCACACAGAUCCCACCUCCACAGCCCCUCCCGGUCCCCCGCUCUGGAAGCAUUAAGGAAGACAUGGUGGAGAUGAUGUUGAUGCAGAACGCUCAGAUGCACCAGAUCAUUAUGCAGAACAUGAUGCUGAAAGCUCUGCCACCGAUGGCGUUCUCACAGCCCAGUGGGACCGGGUCACCCUUGCUGCAGCACACCCAGCAGGAUCCCCAGUUUGCUGCUCCGGUUGUUGUGAAAGCAGAAAAGCCAAGGCCAUCCACGGUGCAUCAUCACCACCAUUACCCUUCCCCAGGAGUGCAGGCCAUUCCUUCUCAGCUGCCCCCAGCUGGCUACUCCAUGUGGCCCCCUGUGAUGCCAUCCAGCCUCAUGGGACAGACUGGAGGAUUCCCAGCCGCUGUGCAUCACAUGACUGGCCCAACGAGCACCUUCCCUGCAAUGCACACUGUAGUAACCGAUGGACUCCUCCGCAGCCUGCCCCCGGGUUUGUAGACUCCUCAAGCCUGUAGCAAAGGUGGCUAGUGAGUGGACAUGGACUGUAUGCGUCACCCAAGCACGUGGAGCAUAGCAUCACUGGAGACGACUUUCUUUAGAGAGUUCCUGAAAGGUUCUGGCUGACAGGAAUCUGCUGUAUAAAUAGCCACAUGCCACUAGUGGAGCUGACAACCCAGGGAGAGGUGGCAGAACUGUGUAAUAAACUGUGGAAACGCAAAAACCAUAUUGUUACCUCUUCUGGAUCGGGCAGUUAGCCAAAACUUUGGGGCCCUGAGGCUGUUUCCACUAGAAGGAGAAAUCGAUGAUAGUCAGCUAUUUCUCUGAUGCAAUCCUGGUUGUUUAGGAAGAAUGUGAACAAAGUCCUAUUUCCUUGAACACAAGAGGAAGCAAACAACAGGAGACAGUUUCUUUGCUCACAAUUCCAAGCUUCUAGGAGCUAGCACUUGACCCCAACGCUCUUAGGGCUUGUCUACACUGCAGUCAGGAGCUGUGAUUGCAGCAGGUGUAGACAACUAAACUUGCUUUGAUGUUGCUGGCACGAAUAACAAUAGCAGUGAAGCCGCAGCAGAGAGGAGAUGGCAGCCACUCAGGUGUGCACCCGGGGUCCUGGCCGGGCAGGGCUGACCCAUGCAGCUGGCCAGGCUGCCAUGGCUUCACUGCUAUUGUUACUCAAGCCCUGGCUACGUGUGCUGCAAUCACACUCCCAAUUGCAACGUAGACACGCCCUGAGCUUUUCCUCAGGGUGACGUUACCAGUGCCUCGGUGGCUGUGUCUGGCGCUUCCGUGCUGCCUUCUCUGUCUCUCUCUGUGUCCCCUGCCCCUCCCCCAGAUCUAUCGGAACAGUACCCAGGGAAAGUACCUCUGCCCACUUAUUUCAAAUUCCUGAGUGGCCUCACACGUGCCUCUGUUCUCACUGCAGACCCCUAUUGUUCCAGCUCCCUGGUUCCAUGCAGUCGCUCAGUGGCUUCUUACGACUAGCUUAAAUGAAGGGCAAAGGCUACACCCCACCCCAGUUUCAGUGAGGUAGAACCCAACCCAUAGCAGUAUCGUUUACCUUCAGCCACCUCACCAGUGUCCCCUAGUUCAUCCAUUUAACCUGUGUCCUCUCUGUCAUUCCAACCCCCUAACCAGCUGCAACAUGGCCACACCUGUUCAAAACCAAACGCUCACAAAAAGCCCUUUCUUUCCCCCAUGCUACAGGGAAUUUCUCCCCCGAUCCCAUAGGCCUGAAGUGUAGGGUGAGUCUGGGCCACCAACAGGGUUUAGGUCCAAUAUGGAAUUUUUAGUGCACAGUAGCAAGGUCCAGACAGCCAGGUAAUGCACAGCAGUGGAUGGUAGAUUUACACCCCAGCUUACCGCGUACUAAGUCUGUAUAAACAAGCCCCUCCUUUCCCAGGUGAUUCACACUAGAAUACAGACAGUGGCCAUGCCUGGUGGGGGAAGGAGAGUCACAAAGGAGGCUGUAUUUACCUUGUUCUGUAACAUAAAUGCACAGAACUGUGUAGCAUUCAGUAACGGGCAUUUCUUAGCAUUGCAAUAUGCAUCUUAUUUCAGGCCUCCAGAAUUCCCUUUUUCCUCAGCAUAGCUGUGUCCACCAGACCACCGACAGGUCUCAAAUCCUUUCAUUUCUCUUCUAAAUGACAGGUUUGCUGCAGCCUCCUGCUCAAAGUUACUUCCCUGCAGCUCUAAUCUUCCUCAGGAGGGCUAUGUGCAUUGAUUCCUUGUACCUGGUGUCACCCAGUGUUUUUUCUUGGAUAAUAUUAUGGACGUUGCUUAAGUCGAGCAGGCAUUUUCCCCCAUUUGUUUCAUUAUUCCACAAACUUUUACCCAUACAGUCAAGAUCAAGUUCUGGUAAAUUCUUUUCUGAGAGUUCAAGAGGAUUCUCCUGGAACCUGCAGGAAUUUCAUAUUCUUCAGCUGUAUUUUGUGAAUUGUCAAGGUUUUGUCCUUGUCCAUCAAUUCUCAUAUGGCAACCUGCAAUUCUGAGUCCAUCCUCUCUCUCUCUCUCUCUUUCCACUGUCUUCAGAGACAUUUGAAGAGACUCACUUUGAGGUUUUGGUUGAGUUAUCUCCUCUUCACUGUCUUCUGUGCUCUGAGUUGUGUCCAGUGCAGAAUGAUGGAUCUUUCCUUUUAUUUAUUUAUUAUCCUUACUUUCCUCCUUAUUUUCUAAUAUUUUUUCCAUGGGAAGUAGCUUUUCAUACUUUUCUGCAGGUGUUCCAGUUCCUUUUCUUCUGGUUUUUCUGUAAUUUGCCCAAGAUGGUUUCAGAGAGCUUCUUCCACCUAGGCCAGGAGUAUCCAUAUGGGUGGGCAUUUCUGAAGUGUAGAUAAUAAAUUGUCUUGUCCUGUUUUUAUGCUGGAGCCAUCUGAUGCCUGUGAAGGAGACUGGUCUGAGGUUAACUGAUUCAGCUUUCCAACACUGGAUUUGACACAUUCUACUCGUGUUACAAUAAAAUCAA